GAUCUGCUUUUAUCUUCUUUUUUCGUCAAACUCCACGCUUUUUCACUCCUUUCCACCAAUCAUGGCCGCUCCCAAGACCGCGAUCACCGCCAAGCGCUCCGGCGCCCCUCGCCACCGCAAGCCCAAGCGCAGCUGGAAUGUCUACAUCAACCGCUCGUUGAAGGCGAUUAACAAACAAAUGAGCCUGUCCGGACGCACCACGCGAAUUGUCAACUCCUUCGUUAACGACCUCUUUGAGCGCGUCGCGAUGGAGGCCGCGACGUUGGUGCGGGUGAACAAAAAGCGCACGUUGGGCGCCCGCGAGCUGCAGACGGCCGUCCGUCUGGUGCUCCCCGCGGAGCUCGCCAAACACGCCAUGGCGGAAGGCACCAAGGCCGUCUCCAACGCCGCGCGAUGAGGAAAUGGCGGGAAAAGGAGAAAUAAUCAGAAAAGACGCGGUGCGUCGAGGAGGGGGAAGAUGCGCGGGCCUCGUCCCUUUUGAGGGGAGGUGAGGCGUGUAUCGGAUCGACAGGAGUGCGCUGAUUCCUGCUCCUCUCACACCAUGUCUUUAACAUAGAAUUCUUUUUUAUUAUUAUUAUUACUUUUUUUUAUUAUUAUGGGUAAAUUUUCCUUUUAUAUAUAUUGACUUCAGAGAAAUUGUACGAAAGAAAUGUUAAUUUUUUUUGACCGAAGUUUAUAUUAU